GCCGAACUUCGUUCCACCCGUGUACAUACGGAGGUAAAGCAUGUAAAGAAUCAGCAUCAUCCACGGUAAUCCAGAAAACAAACCAAGGUACAUCAUCUCCGCCGCAAAUCGGCCUUCGCCAAGCAACCUGACAUAGUGCGCAUCACUGUGGUUUCCUUCGGUCUACAGCCACCUACACAUUCCCGUCUCCUUCCCAGCCUCACAUCCCGCAACAAUGUCGACGAUUACGCCGACGGCUCUGCAAAGCUCGCAGCCGCCCAUUAUUCCGCUGCCCUUCAAUGCAAACCAGCCCGAGACGAUCCGGCUGUACCCGUUGUCAAACUACACCUUUGGCGUCAAGGAGACGCAACCAGAAGAGGACCCGAGCGUGCUGGCGCGGCUGAAGCGCCUCGAGGAGCACUACCAGGCGCACGGCAUGCGCCGCACCUGCGAGGGCAUCCUUGUCUGCCACGAGCACAACCACCCCCACAUUCUCAUGCUGCAGAUUGCCAACGCCUUCUUCAAGCUGCCCGGCGACUACCUGCGCCCCGAGGAUGACGAGAUUGAGGGCUUCAAGGCGCGCCUCGACGAACGACUAGCCCCGGUUGGCAGCCUUGGCGAGGGCAAGAAGGCGGGCGACUGGCAGGUCGGAGACUGUCUUGCGCAGUGGUGGAGGCCCAACUUUGAGACCUUCAUGUACCCCUUCGUGCCCGCCCACAUCACGCGCCCGAAGGAGUGCAAGAAGCUCUAUUUCAUCCAGCUGCCAAAGUCAAAGGUCCUGAGCGUUCCCAAGAACAUGAAGCUGCUGGCGGUUCCACUCUUUGAGCUCUACGAUAAUACUGCGAGAUAUGGCCCCCAACUGUCCGCCAUCCCCCACCUCCUCAGCCGUUACAACUUUGAGUUUGUCGACGAAAACGGCGAGGUGGUUGCCGUCACCCCUGGCGCCGCCCCAACCGAUGGAGACGUGCCCAAGACCAAGGUUUUGGCUGGCGGUGACGACGUGGACAUGAAGACGGAGAACGGAACACACUGAACACGAUUCUCGGUGGAUGGAGAUCGAAGCACAGUACACGACAUUCGGUCAGCUACAGGGUCAUUGAUUGGUAGAGGCGUUUGGCGUCGGGUGCCCGGUAUGGUGUACUUUUCGGCGAGAAUACCAGAGCGAGGUGGAACAGAGCUGUUCCCGUCGCCAUGCUUGAAUGACAAAAUCGCAUUCGAAGAUUCCAUUCUAGAAAUUCCCGUACUUGUAAAUCACGCCUUCUCACCUU